AAUUAGACCACGAGGUUUUUAUGAAAACGGCAAUGAUUUGGAAAACUCCGCUGUCGGAGACGUAAUUGAGGUAUACUUGUUGGAUGGAAACGUGCCCUCCAUGAUCUCAAAAAUCUUCUCGUCAGGGAUUUCUUCUACUUUCCGUCUCCGACUGAAACCCUAGUUUUGUUCUCCGCCUCUUCUUUCUCUCUCUUCAAUCUUACUUUUUGGGAUCUGGUCAUCAUGGGAAUCGCGGAACAAGCGGCGGCGGCGGUCUCAUCCGGGCCUCCUCAUCCUGCCGUCGGCUCGGCAGAGGAGAUUAGGAUUCGUAGGAGGACACUGGAGGCGGUGCUAGAGCAGUGCCAUAGGGCGCUCGAGCUGCUCCAAAAGUCUGAAGGUGAUGGGGACCUUGCUGAAGAGGACGUGGAGGGUAAUUGCUCGGACUCUACGUCUGCAGACGAUCCCGAGGCUGAUGAGCUAUGCAAUCUUGUCAAGUCCAGGGUUGAAUCACCGGCCUUUCUUGAAAAGCUUGGGAGCAUCCAUAUGUCUGUUUGUCCCGAUGUUUGUGAUGAUAGUGCAUCAUGGGAUAUGGUUACUCCAAAAGAUCUAUGGGAUGAUAAACAGAUUGUUGUUGACAAUGAAUCAGAUGAAGAUAGUUAUGUUCUAGUUAGACAAGAGGAGAUAGUGGAUGGAAUUGCUUGCUUCAUGGCUGCUUACCUUCUAUCAUUGAAAGAUUCUAAAGAGUUGACUCCAAACCAACUUCAAGAAGCUCUUUGCAAAACAUUCUCUGGGAAAAGGAAAAAGACCAGACUUCAAAAGGCUUGGGAUGGUAGCAAAGUUAUUUAUAACGUGGCAUCUUGGAGUGCCACAGCUAUUGGAAUAUAUCAAAAUCCAGCAUUGCUUAGGGCGGCAUCAGUGGUCUUCUCUACUUCAUGCCGUGCAAUAUUUAAAUUACUCUGAAGAGGAGGCCUCUUUGUAAGAACGGGCAAGUGUGUUGAUGUGUUUCAUCUUUUAAUGUUUCUGUAAGCACCAACGGCAAGCAGCCAGAAGCAAACUCUGUAAAUUUGUAAUAUAAUGAACCAAAUUCUAGUUCACUUUUCUGCAUUGUUGCUCCUGUUUAUUAAGGCCAUAUUUCCUUACUGACUGUUUAAGUGCUUUCCUUUAAAUUUCUUUCUGUAAAUAUGCCCCUGCAAACUAUCUGGGUUACCUGUAAUAUUAAUUUAGUUAUGCCAUUCUUUUAAAGAUAAUAUGGUUUUUUUUUA